CCACAAAAAAUUGCACAAGGACUUAUGUCACCCAGAAGAGUGCCUAAAAUGGAACUGAAUGCUAUUAAUGAUGUUGAAGAUAUGAGCACUGCACGAAGAACUCAGCAUGAGCUGUGGCCACUUGAUGAAAUUGAUCCAAAGAAGGCAAAGUUGCCAUGCUGCUUAGUUUGGACUCCACUCCCUGUAGUCUCGUGGUUGGCACCAUUCAUUGGACAUGUGGGCAUAUGCAGGGAAGACGGAGCUAUUCUAGAUUUUGCAGGAUCCAAUUUUGUGAAUGUUAAUGAUUUUGCAUUUGGUGCUGUUGCAAGAUACCUUCAACUUGAUAGAGAGAAGUGCUGCUUUCCUCCAAAUCUUGCUGGGCACACAUGCAAGAACGGCUACAAGCAUGCGGAGAAUGGGACAGCAGUCACAUGGGAUGAUGCAUUGCUCUCAAGUAGUCAUCAUUUUGGACACAAAUCCUACAACCUCUUCACUUGCAAUUGCCAUUCAUUUGUUGCCAACUGUCUGAACAGGCUUGCCUAUGGUGGAUCAAUGGGUUGGAACAUGAUCAAUGUGUGUGCCCUCAUACUCUUCAAGGGCCGUUGGGUGGACAGCAUGUCAAUCUUUAGAUCAUUUUCCCCUUUCAUGUUGGUGCUCUGCCUAGGUGUUUUCAUGGCUGGGUGGCCAUUCUUGAUUGGGUUACUAUCCUUCUCUCUCCUCCUUAUUGGGUGGUUUCUACUUGGUACAUACUGUUUCAAAAACGUGCUAGAAUGUUGAAUUAUUAGUGUCAAUAAAGGAUGAGAAUAUAUGUUUGAUGGAGAAGAGAUGCAGGCUGUUAUAGUGUUCCAUCUACAAAGUUGUGUUCAUAAUACCAGAUGUGGUUUGCACUCUAGGCAUUGGGGAGAAUCUGUACUGAUGCCAACACAUGGGUGAUGCAUAAAAAAAACUGAGACGAUUGUAGAAUUAUUGUUUCAAGAAAAUGAAAGUUUGACAUUUUGUUUCUGUUUUA